AGACGGGGAUUGCAGAAGGGACGCCCAGAAAGACGCCUCCUAUUGCUAUUCGCUUCUGCGCUUUGCCUGGCAAAUUGGCACCCAGCACGCAAUAUAUGUCGAAUUCCCUUCUAAGUUUUGCCGACGGAAAGGAGAACAGAGUCUCCGACAUCCAUCCCGAAGAAAGAGACUCCACAUUUGGAACGGGGAUCAUGGCUUUGAGCUCCAGGGCGCACGCUUUCUCCGUGGACGUUUUAGUGGGAAACUCGGGGAAGCGCAAACUUCUGGAUUUGGAAGAGGAGUGCUCUGCUGAGAAAGCAGCCGAGAAGACAGUCUUCGGGAAAAACCAGGCGCCAGAAAAGAAAUCUAAGGGAGAAACGGCGGGCUCCCUCACGGAGGAAACCAGAGAAGGGGCCGGAGCGAUCCAAGUGGACCUGCAAGGUUCGGAAUUGUGGAAGAGGUUUCACGAAAUCGGCACUGAAAUGAUUAUCACCAAAGCCGGCAGGAGAAUGUUUCCGUCGGUCAGAGUCAAAGUGAAAGGUCUGGAUUCGAUGAAGCAAUAUUACAUCGCCAUAGACGUGGUGCCGGUAGAUUCGAAAAGAUACAGGUAUGUCUACCACAGCUCCCAGUGGAUGGUGGCCGGAAACACAGACCAUUCCUGCAUCACACCCCGGCUUUACAUCCACCCAGAUUCCCCUUGCUCUGGAGAGACCUGGAUGAGACAGAUCAUCAGCUUUGAUCGGGUGAAACUGACCAACAAUGAGAUGGACGACAAAGGGCAUAUUAUUCUGCAGUCCAUGCACAAAUACAAGCCAAGAGUCCAUGUCAUUGUCCAGGAUUCCCGGUUUGAUCUGUCCCAGAUCCAGUCACUGCCAGCAGCAGGCGUUCAGACCUUCUCCUUUAAAGAAACUGAAUUCACCACUGUCACAGCCUAUCAAAACCAGCAGAUAACAAAACUGAAGAUUGACCGGAAUCCCUUUGCUAAAGGGUUUAGAGACCCUGGAAGAAACAGAGGAGUAUUGGAUGGACUUCUGGAAUCAUAUCCAUGGAGACCAUCACUUACCCUGGAUUUUAAGUCUUUUGGUGCAGAAAGUCAGGGUGGAAGUCCUGGGUCUUCCCCUGUGACACCCCCCGGGGGAACCCCGUCUCCUCUCAGCUCUCUUCUCUCCCCCUCUUGCUCUCCUCCUACACUCCACCUGUCAGCAAGCAACCUCAGAAUGUCAUGCCCAGAAUCUUACCUCCACCACUUUGGCCUCCCUGUCUGCUACAAGAUUUGCCCUACCGGCCUUUUAAGACAGCCAUCGCUGAUAUUCCCAAGCCAUCCUAAACUGGGAAAUGCUUCCAGCCCACCCCUUUUGCCUCACUUCAUGGUGGAGAUGCCUGCACUGUCUUCUCUGAGCAUAACCAACGUCAAAAGUGGCAAAGCAGAAGACUUAAAUGGACCAAGCCCCCAAGGGCCCAGUUCUGCUGGGCAUAUGCUGUAUGGCUUGCAUGCAUCUGGAAACAUUUUCCCAUCAAGUCCCAUUACCCAGGAAGCCCUUAAUUGUGCCUUACAUCCUCCAUAUGGUUUCUACGGCUAUAACUUCUCGAUGCCAUCUAGGCUGAUGAACACAACAGGACAUUUCAAAGCGAACGACGGUGUUCCAUCCCCUCUCAGAGAGAGCAGGUGCAACCACUCUCCCUGGCCUUCUGCAAUUAACCACUGCCUCUAAUGGGACUCCUUUAACAUCGCAGAAGCAGUGGCAUGUCAAACUCUGCAGAGCUUCCGGCUUUGGCUCAUCAGCAAAAGCUGAUGGAUUCUUGGCAGUGGACCAUGGAGUGGACCAUAAUCGGAUGAGUUGAGCGCAAAACUUUGGCAUCCUGAGAUUCUCUAUGGCAGUGAAAUUGUGCGUGGGGUUUUUUUGGUUUUUUUUAGGG